GGCUUUGACUCUUUUAAUUCGCAGUCUCUGGAGACGCACAGAGAAAUCAUCAGUAGGCGACGAACGAGGAGAAGAAGCUUCUCUUUUACCUUCAAAGGAGAUCAGUGGAGGAGGAUCCGAACAGGCGGAUCUGAUUCUGUAUCUGUUUUAGAAUCUCUUUCGUCGCUAUUGAGUUUCUUCUGUUGAAUCAUCAAAUGGGGUUAUUGGAAGCUUUUCUCAAUUGGCUUCGUAGCCUCUUCUUCAAGCAAGAAAUGGAGCUUUCUUUGAUAGGACUUCAAAAUGCAGGAAAGACAUCACUUGUAAAUGUCGUUGCGACUGGUGGAUAUAGUGAAGACAUGAUCCCUACGGUCGGGUUUAACAUGAGGAAAGUGACCAAAGGAAAUGUUACAAUCAAACUAUGGGAUCUUGGUGGUCAACCAAGAUUCCGCAGCAUGUGGGAACGUUAUUGCCGCGCUGUUUCUGCGAUUGUGUAUGUUGUUGAUGCUGCAGAUCCGGACAACCUAAGUGUCUCGAAAAGUGAACUUCAUGAUUUGUUGAGCAAGACUUCGCUUAAUGGUAUCCCUCUCCUGGUUCUUGGAAACAAAAUUGACAAACCUGGAGCUCUGUCCAAAGAAGCCUUAACCGAUGAAAUGGGGCUUACGUCGCUUACAGAUAGAGAAGUCUGCUGUUUCAUGAUAUCCUGCAAGAACUCUACCAACAUUGAUCAGGUCAUUGAUUGGCUCGUAAAGCAUUCAAAAUCAAAGAACUAAAUGCCACUCUUCUUAAUCUUCUUAGUCCUCCUGUAUUGUCUGGGUGAUGAUGGUUGAAGACAAUUUUUUGUGUGAAACAAGAGCUGUCUCUAUUUUCUUGUCGCUGGUGGCUAGUCUGGUUUGUUCUGGCUAGGUCCAGUCUUGUCUCUGUAUAUUAUUAUAUGUGGAUUGUGUUUUGUUCUUAAGCAUUUGCAAUUUUGGAAACACAAAAAAAGUGGCUCACUUCUAUGAACUUCCAAAAAUCUACGGCGCUCA